AUGAGCAGUGACGGCGAAGAAGACAGAAGAAUCGACAUCAAGGAGGACGAGGACGACGAUGUCCGUGGGGUCGACGAUAUUGUCAAGGCCAAAUACAGCGAUGAUGAUGACGAAGAAGACGACGAUUACGACGAUGACGACGACGAAGAUAUCAGGUCGCAUAAAAAGGCGCGUCGUAAUCGAUUCAUUGAUGAUAUUGCCGAAGUCAGUGAAGAUGAAGACGAAGACGAAGAUGAUGAGGAAGCUGCGAAUUUCAGAGAAGAGUUUAUCGCUGGUGACCACGAUGACGAGGCAGAAUCCGGACCAACAAAGGACAUUGUCCAUCGUAAAGUCGACCGGGCCCGUGAGAAGGAAAGAAGCGAGGACAUGGAGGCGCUUGCUAGGGAUUAUAAGGAAAGAUAUGGGAAGUCCUCCCAAAGAUACCGUGGGGACCGUGUCAUGGUGUCUCAAAAGCUUUUGAUGCCUUCGGUCAAUGACCCUAAUAUUUGGGCAGUCCGUGUCACUCCUGGCAAAGAAACCAGUUUGAUUAGACAAAUCAUGAAAAAAAAAAUUAGUUUGGAAAUGACCAAGAACCCAUUGGAGAUUUAUUCGGCGUUCCAAAGAGACAAUUUCACCGGGUAUAUUUAUAUCGAAGCCAGAAAGAUUGAAGCGGUCAACCAAGCAGUUAAAGGGUUGGUCAAUGUGUACACUUCCAGAGGGUUCUUACUUGUGCCGGUGGCCGAGUACCCUGAUUUGUUAAGACCAACCAGAUCCACCGAUGUCGAAAUGGUGCCAGGGAUUUACGUCAGAAUUAAAAGAGGGCUUUACAAAAAUGAUUUGGCGAUUGUCGAAGAUAUCAGUGAAAACGGGUUGGAAGUGUUGUGUAAAGUGGUGCCUAGAUUGGAUUAUGGUAGAUACGAUGAAUUUGACGAAUCUGGGAAACGUAAAAGACAGUCUAAUAAAUACAGACCUCCUGCAAGAUUAUUCAACGAAAUGGAAGCCAAAAAAUACGAUCUUAAACACCCAAUCACUAAAGAAGGUCAUAACGUAUUCAGGUAUAAAACCGAGCGUUAUAAAGAUGGGUUCUUAUACAAAGAUUUUAAGAUCCAGUACUUACAAACUAACGAAGUCAACCCUUCAUUGUCGGAAUUGUCAAAGUUUAACGUCAAUGACGAAGGGAUUGAUUUAUCAACCAUUGCCCAAUCUUUGAAACAAUCUAACCAAUCUUCCACUACUUUCCAACCAGGUGAUAGAAUUGAGGUGGUCAAAGGUGAACAAAAAGGUAUCAAAGGGUUUGUUUCGUCGGCAGAACGGAAAGAUGUCAUUAGUAUCAAAAUUGAUUCUAGCGAUUCUGGCUUGAAAGACAGAAUUACCGAAAUCCCUGCUUCCAACAUCAGAAAGAUUUUCGAAAGUGGUGAUCACGUUAGAGUCAUUCAUGGUAAACAUCUUGAUGAGACAGGGUUGGUGUUAGACGUCAAUAACCAUCAAGUCACGUUAGUGUCUGACCAAACCCAAAAGGAUAUCACGGUGUUUUCUAACUAUUUAAUUAAAUCUACAGAUAGUACCGGGAACAACGCCGGUGGGCAAUAUGAGCUCCAUGAUUUGGUGCAAUUAAAUUUGCAGAACUUUGGGAUUAUCAUCAAGGCUGACAAACAAGUUUUCCUGGUGUUAUGUCAAGAUGGUAGAGUGGUUGCUGCCACCCCAUCGUCAAUAUCUAACAAGAUUAACUUGUUGAGAGAUCAAACCAUGUCCACAGAUGCCAAUGGGUUGGAAAUUAAGGUGGGUGAUACUGUCAAAGAACGUGCUGGGGAAAGAAGGCAAGGUACAAUUUUGCAUAUUUUCAAGGCGGUAUUAUUUUUGAAAUCACGAACCAUCGUCGAAAACACCGGGAUUUUCGUCACCAAUUCGGUAAACGUUACCACGAUUUCCUCCAAGGGUAGUUUAUCCACGGUUUUCAAGGCCCCUGAUAUUAGUAAAAUGAACCCAAAGCUUCAAGUGGAUAAGAAUAGGCAAGCUGCCCCAGUGGCCCAAACCGUGGGAAGAGAUAAGUCUAUCAAUAUGAAGGUCACCAUCAAUUCUGGCCCAUACAAGACAUAUCAAGGGAUCAUUAAGGAUGCUAAUGGGGACAUUGCCAGAGUGGAACUCCAUACCAAAAACAAGAUUAUUUCCAUAGACAAGAGAAAACUUAGUUUCCAUCAAAAGAAUGGCCAAGUCGAACCAUACGAAACUUGGAGCAUGAGCACCAUGAGAUCUGGUGGAGCGUUUGGCAAUAAUGGUGUUUCCAGUUACUCAAAUGCUAUUAACAAUGGAAGCGGCACGGCGUACGGUAAUGGUAGUGGUGGUGGUAAUAAAAGUUCGUGGGCUGGCCAAUCCAGCGGAACUUGGUACGGGGGUGGUACUGCUUAUGGUGGUAAUUCUGCUGGCAAUAGAACCGCCUACGGUGGUAGUGGUGGUGGUAAUCGUACUGCUUAUGGUGGAGGUACUGCUUAUGGAGGACGUACUCCUGCAGCAGGCGCCCGUACUCCUGCCUGGAGUUCAAGAACUAGUGCCGGUGACAGUGGUAAUCGUACUGCUUAUGGUGGAGGAACCGCCUAUGGUGGUGGUACUACUUAUGGCGGAGGUACUGCUUAUGGUGGGGGUACUGCCUACGGGAACCGUACCUCUUAUGGUGGAGCUACCUCUUACGGUGGGGCCACUUCCUAUGGUGGAGCUACUUCUUAUGGUGGGGCCACGUCUUAUGGAAAUGCCUCAUCUUGGAACCAACACGGUCACGAAAAUAGUGCCCCAACUCCUGGUGUAACCAGCCAUACUCCUGGAAUGAGUGCUCCAACCCCUGGCGGGGACUGGACUGCUGAAACUCCAUCUACUUAUGAUCGAGCCGCACCAACUCCUGGCGGUGGUGGAGGGUAUGAUGAUUAUGAUGAGUAA